AUGUACACAACUUUCAGAGUCUGGCGUCUCAACCUCUCGACCGGCGAGUGGGAACAGCUGUCCUCCUCCUCCUCGACGCCCGGAGAAACCGUGUCCCACUGCCUCGUCUCGACCAAGGACGAGCUCCUCAUCUUCGGCGGCACGAGCUACCCCUUCGGCAGCAGCAUCGGCGUCGACGUCCGUGCCUGCGACAAGAGGACGGGCGAAUGGAGGGACCUCGAAUGCCACGGCGAGACGCCCCCCGCGCUCUACGGACAGGCUUCUCGCCGCGUCGGGGACUACGUGUACACUGUAGGAGGGACGUCGGGAUAUCACUUCUCUCUGCACGCCCACGCCCUCCACCUGCCGACGGGGACGUGGUCCAGCCUCGCCACCAACGACCUUUUCAAGGGCGAGGAACCGUCGGGGAGAUACCGGGCUGAGAUCGGCGUUGUUCCGGGUCGCAUUGUGGUGGUCGGAGGCGCCGCCGCUUCCACUGUCUACCCUCUGGAUGAGGUCCCUGUACUAGAUGUUGGUACCGGAAAGUGGGCUGUGAAGAAAACCCACCCUGACCCACUCGUUCACGCCCACCCCAGCCCACGUCGGUGCCACGCUGCUGUUCAGAGAGGGAAAGACCUGUACAUCAUCGGAGGCACAGACGGAACCGAGAUUUUUGACGAUGUUUGGAAACUGGAUUUGCACUCGCUGUCGUGGGCGCGUCUGGCUCUCGUUCUACCCCGCCCACUGUAUUUCCACGACGCUGCAGUCACGCCCAACGGUUGUCUCUACGUCUACGGCGGCCUGACCACCAUCGGUUCGCGAGAGAGGUCUUCGUCGUUAUUUAGAGCCAGGCUAGACGCCCCUCCUCUCCUCGAGGCUGCUUGGGAGUCCUUCGCCAGCCACUGCCCCACGAUCAGCACGCCCUUGCCCUCCUCCGUCACGCCCUCGAGUACGACGCCCACAGCCCACGAUUUUCUGGCCGCGGGCGUGCCUCGGAGACUCAUGCAAAGGCUGGCCAAACUGCACCUGAAGCAGACGGAGAAGAGAGUCGCCGCUUUUUCGACCUAAGAGCUCCUGUUUGCGUCGUGUUUGCAUUUUAGAGUCUCUUGUCCGCGAGGCGAGCGGAGAGGGGCGGAGAAUAGGAUA